CAUGCAUAGAGCAGCAAAAAGAAGAGAAAAAUGGCUGCAUAUAUAGGAUCUCCUCUAGAUGAAGAAAGUCUCUACGCCCCUAAAAUUCAACACGUCGUCUCUACGCCAACACAUGAUAAGCCACUAAACACUGAGGAAGGCGAAAUGAAUAUUUCCAACUUGUUGAGAAAAACAUUUGGCUUUGAAGAUCUAUUCUCUAUCAUGGUUUGGAGAGCAUCUUUGGCAGAGCUACUAGGCACAGCGGUUCUUGUAUUUGCAAUAGACACAAUAGUCAUAGCCACAAUACAAAGUGAAACAAAAGCACCAAAUCUUAUACUAUCAGUCAUUGUUGCAUUUACAGUAGCAAUUCUCCUAAUUGCUACAUACCCCAUUUCCGGAGGCCACAUUAACCCGAUCGUCACCUUUGCCGCCGCGCUUACGGGCCUAAUUUCACUAUCAAAGGCCUUCAUAUAUAUUUUGGCUCAGUCCGUUGGCGCUAUUAUUGGCGCGCUAGCGCUAAAAGCCGUGGUGAAUAGCAACAUUGAGCGAGCAUUUUCGCUCGGAGGCUGCACCCUUCACAUUCAUGUACCUAGCACACAUGGUCCGGUUACAAUCGGACUCGAAACAGGCCAAGCGCUUUGGCUAGAAAUAAUUUGUGGGUUUAUCUUUCUUUUUGCUUCGGUUUAUAUGGCUUUCGAUCAUCGUCAAGCUAAGGCAUUGGGGCAUGUUACGGUGUUUAUUAUCGUUGGAUCGGUCUUGGGCCUUCUUGUGUAUAUUUCGACGACGGUUACUGCCGCUAAAGGCUAUGCUGGGGCUGGGCUUAACCCGGCGAGGUGUUUUGGCCCAGCAAUUGUUCGUGGAGGUCAUCUUUGGGAUGGACAUUGGGUGUUUUGGGUUGGGCCAGCUAUUGCUUGUGUGGCAUUUGCUUUGUAUACCAAAAUAAUUCCACCUCAGCUUGCUCAUACUGUAAUUUAAAUGUGACUUUUUUUAAAAAUGGUAAUUGACUCUUUAAAAUCUCAA